CCCGCCCCCGCCCCCGCCCCCGCCGGCCGGGGCGCCGGAGCCGCUCGCACUGCGCCCUCCGCAUCUCCGCGAACAUGGCGCUCCUGGCGGUGCGGGGCGUGCGGGCUGCGGCGUGCAGCCUGCGGGUCGCCUCCGUGUCCGCCGCGCCCGGCCUGCCGCGGCCCUGGGGGCCGAGGGCGGGCGCCGUCCGGACGCUGCGCACGGGCCCCGCUCUGCUCUCCGUGCGUAAAUUCACAGACAAACAUGAAUGGAUAACAACAGAAAAUGGUAUUGGAACAGUAGGAAUCAGCAAUUUUGCACAGGAAGCUUUGGGAGAUGUUGUUUACUGUAGUCUGCCUGAAGUUGGGACAAAAUUGAACAAACAAGAUGAGUUUGGUGCUUUGGAAAGUGUGAAAGCUGCUAGUGAACUCUACUCUCCUCUAUCAGGAGAAGUAACUGAAAUUAAUGAAGCUCUUGCAGAAAAUCCAGGACUUGUCAAUAAAUCUUGUUAUGAAGAUGGUUGGCUGAUCAAGAUAGCACUGAGUAAUCCUUCAGAACUGGAUGAAUUAAUGAGUGAAGAAGCAUAUGAGAAAUACAUAAAAUCUAUUGAGGAGUGAAAAUGAAACCCUAAAUAAACUAGUAUGAAACAACUUAA